AUGGCCGUAUUCUCCAACAGCCCUGUUCCUUUAUGGAUCUUGUUCGCGCCUUCAGCGGGCCUUGGAAUCUUGGUGAUUUUGCUGUAUAUUUGCAUCUAUCGAUUAUUAUUUCAUCCUUACCACAAGUACCCUGGGCCAUUCCUCGCCAAGCUGACCAGCUGGUAUUCGGUCUACCACACGUAUUAUGGCGAUCUUCACCUUGAUAUCUGGGAAUGUCACCAGAAAUAUGGCAAUUGCGUUCGAUAUGCGCCAAACGGAGUCUUGAUCAACACCCCAGAAGGCCUCAAAGGUACCAUCCACAACCCCUCUUUCGCCACCACCACUCUUUCGCCAGGCAAAAUUAAAAAAGCUCCACCAAAACUCAUCAACUUCACUUACACAGAAUUUGACCAAAUUGGCAGCAAUGCAUAA